AAUGUUUAGUUCGUCCCCUAUGGUGAAUGAAGAAUCCGCUAUCCAAUUGUGGCUCUGCCGUUGUCGAAAACAGCAACAUUGUUUCCUUCUGUAGACAAAGGUGUCUCGACAACCGGAUAAAUUACUGAAUAGUCAUCCAGUUCUGUGGCUUCUUGGUGAAGACAUGGAAAAACAACCGCGGUUGUUGACAUCCCAACUCCUACUGAAAAACAGCUUAUUCGAAGUGUCGUUAAACCGUGUGCUUCUGACAUGGAAAGAGAUUGCGACCAAGAAAAAACGCGUUUCUGGGGGCAUACAUCACCCAUUUAAAGUCGCUGGUCCGCGGAGUGCGGCUGCGGCCCUGGCUUGGAUAGCCUCACUAUGUCGGGUCAAUUGGAUGGCACACAAUUUGGCCUCGGAGUUCUUCUUUAUGAGCUGGCUGACAUUUUUCAUCACCUCACACGGUACCAGUCACGGUGUGUCAGUGUCUGAGAUCCUAGCAGUCCGGGAGCUCGACGUGGACAGCGGGACGAAAGAUGACGGCAGGUGGCAGAAAAUGCCUCAGAAAUCGACCGAGGCCUAUCCAUAUGCAUUCACAGUGUCCUACGUGGAGAGAGCGUGGCAGCACCGCUGGCGGUGUAGUGACGUCACCUUUCACUGCCUAGAGGGGGCGCUGUGUCAGCAGUGGGUCCAGACCAUCAGAGAGCAGCUCACAGCAUUGACCAGCAGACCCAAGCAUUUGCUGGUGUACAUCAACCCCUAUGGGGGCAAGCAGCAAGGCGAGCGUAUUUACGAGCAGAAAGUCGCCCCUCUCUUCACCCUUGCCUCCAUCUCCACGCACGUGAUUGUUACAGAGCAUGCCAAUCAUGCCAGGGACCACCUGAGGACAGAGGCUGAGUUGAAGAAAUAUGAUGGAGUGGUGUGUGUGGGCGGGGACGGCAUGUUCAGUGAAAUGGUUCACGGCCUGGUCUCCCGGACCCAGAGGGACAACGGCGUGGACCAGAACAGCCCGGAGGAGAAGCUGGUACCCUGUACUCUGCGCAUUGGCAUUAUACCCGCAGGUUCAACGGACUGCAUCUGCUAUGCAACUGUAGGCAUCAACGACCCUGUGACCUCGGCCUUACACAUCAUAGUGGGAGAUGCCCAGCCAAUGGACGUGUGCUCGGUCCAUCACAACAACACAUUCCUGAGGUACUCUGUGUCCCUGCUUGGGUACGGUUUCUAUGGCGACGUGCUGGCAGACAGCGAAAGGAAACGAUGGAUGGGACCAGCCAGAUACGACUUUUCAGGUUUUAAGACGUUUCUCACACAUCACUACUAUGAAGGGACUGUGUCUUUUCUACCAGCAACGGACAUAUUGGGAACUCCACGAGACAAGACCAGGUGUAGAGCUGGGUGCUUCAUAUGCCAACACAACGGACAGCUGUAUUCCGAGGAUGCCCCAGAGAUUUGCGAGACUGAUCCAGAUGUUUCAGACAGUGAAUACAAAGGGGGGUGGCGGGUGAUCAGAGGGAAGUUCCUGGCCAUCAACGCGGCCAGUAUGAGCUGUGCCUGUCCCCGUAGCCCCAAGGGCCUGUCCCCCGCUGCCCACCUCGCUGACGGCACCACCGACCUCAUCCUCGUACGCAAGUGCUCUCGAUUCAACUUCCUGCGCCACUUGCUACGCCACACCAGCAAAUACGACCAGUUUGACAUGACCUUUGUAGAAGUGCACCGUGUGCGGCGCUUCCGCUUCACCCCGCGCUACUGCCAGAGUGACUCCGAGUUGGACCUGAGGGAGAAUGGCAAGAGGCUCUUCAGCCAGAUCUGCCGAGACCACCCAGCCUGCAGCUGUAGCCCUGCCUACAGCAGCUGGAACUGUGACGGCGAGAUCCUCCCUCAUGCUGCCAUUGAAGUCGGAGUGCACUGCCAGUUGAUCAAGCUGUUUGCGCGAGGGAUCGAAGAGCAGCCUGUGUUUGAGGACCUUCCCAACCCGUGUGCAGUAUAGAUCCCCCCCCUGCUGCCCUAUCCUAUCAAAGUCACUGGAACAGUCCUACUGCAUUUCAAAGGCUACUGCUGUCAUAUCCUUACCCCUGUGCCCUACCCUUUUCUGAUGUACUUUGAGGUCUUUCAGACAUCUGUUUUCUGGGGCCAUUUUUGUUUGUCUGCCACAUUUUAGAGGUCACAAGUUCACAGGUCAAAGAGUACUGUUGAUGGUACACUUACAGAGAGGUUCACUAUCCACAUCCACUAUACUGAAGAAGAAAUCAUGAAAAUACUAAAGCGGUAUUGAAUGUAGCUCUUUUCCGCUCUCCUUUUUCAAUCGAGCGAUGUUAACCUAGCAAUUAACAAAUAGCAAUUAACAUGCUGUUCAACAUUUAUAGAACUCCUCUUUGCACGUUUUACAAUGUAUGCUGCUCCAAAUUAUGAAUAAAUGUUACGUUUUGUUUAUUCAUUUAA